AUGGUUUCCGCUCGAGCUAUCCUAGUCGGUCUUCUCGCUGCCAGCACCGGCUGCGCCCUGCACGUCCCAAACAGUCUCCUGCUCGACAGCGUCGCAGAGGCCGUGGCGCUGCCCAUGUUUACAUGGUCUGCGAACGGGACGCACACUGCCAAGGCCUAUACCACGAAGCAAGCCAAUGUCACCAGCGCAAGAGGCCUAAAGGAGGACUGCGAGAACAUCAAUCUCAACCGAAAGCUGGCGACGGAUUUCCGGAGCGAUGUGCUCGGGGACGGCGUGACGGGGUUUUUCUACAAAUGCGAGCAGAUCAGCUCUACGACCAACAAGUAUUGGUUCACAAUUAGUGCGGGCGAUGAGGCGCAGAUCGACAAGCUCUGUGGUGCGGAUACCAAAUAUCCGAUUGUCUACGACUCGCAGCAUAAGACUUGGUUUAUCGAUGAGCCGUUUGAUUGCACCCAGCGCACCUCUCCUUCUCAGCCCUGGUGA